AUGGGCUUCGCCCUCCGGGCCAAGGUGCUGGGGCUCGCUCUGGUGCUCGGCAUCUUGGCGGUUAGCCCCUGGGAGGUUCGGACCGCUGCGGUAUGGAGAACCGGGGUCGCCUUCGAGCCCCACCUGUACCUCACCUGCACCCUGAACAAGACGGAGGAAGAGGCCCGGCCCGAGGAGGAUUUGACGGCCAAGUCUGGCGGCCGCUGGCUCAGGGACGCGUGGCAGCUCCGGGAGGACCGCUUCGACAGCUCCGGGAAGGCCCCCGAGGCCCCCAAGGCGCUCCCCAAAGGAGAAUUCCAGUUCGUUUUCCCGGAUAAGCCGGCCUGUGCGAAACCUUCCAAGCGGCUGAAGAAGCCCCCCAAGGUGUUCGCGAAACCCAAGAUCGAGCGCGCCAUGGAGGGCCAGGACGUGAUCCUGGCGUGCGAGAGCCGCUCUUACCCCUGCAUCUCCUACUGGGACUGGUACCGGCACCACGAAGUCAACGGCGACAGGCUGCUGCUCAACGGCACCGGGCGGCGCGUCUUCAUCACCGAGAGCGGCCACCGCAGCGAGCUGAUCCUCCGACGCCUGGACGCGGCCGAGGACCCUGGACACUACAUCUGUGUGGGCAGCAACAGCCAGGGCCACCACGCCGCUGUCGUCCUGCUCAAGGUGCGCAGCCACUUUGCCGCGCUCUGGCCCUUACUGGGCAUAGUGUUCGAGAUGCUGCUGCUCUUCACUAUCCUUCUCUUCAACGAGUUUUGUCGCGGCGGACGGGAGCAGCACCGGAGGAUUAGCAGCUCGGCCCCCCCCCCUUCCCCUUCCCCCUCCCCCCUUCCCCCGCCCAUCCCUUUGCCCCGGAGCAAGCCGAUCCGGUUUCAAAAUAAAGAUGGCCCCUGA